GUCCGCGGGGGUACAUGGAGGGGUUUAAUUUGCGACCAUUGUUCAGCGGGCUGGAAUCAAGACAAAUCGCCUAUAAAAACAGGCAGACGGACGAGCACUUGGCAUUGAUUCAACGAGUUACGAAGUUGUGAGAAAUUUACUUGAUGAUAUAUAAUUUUUUGUUUUUGGUUGCGACUAUUCCCGUUGCGUUAGCGCACGAUAACGGCCUUGGUUUAACACCGCAGAUGGGUUGGAACUCAUGGAACAAGUACGGAUGUAAUAUCAGUGCCAACGACAUCAUUAGUGCUGCUACGUCAAUUAAGGAAAAGGGCCUGCUUGACCUUGGCUAUGAGUACAUCGUCAUGGAUGAUUGCUGGGCCUUAAAGACGAGAGAUCCGGUAACGAAGCAGAUCGUACCUGACCCGUCAAAAUUUCCCAAUGGAAUAAAGAAUUUAUCGGAUUCUAUUCACGAUAUGGGCUUUAAAUGGGGAAUGUACUCUAGUGCUGGCAAGUACACCUGUGCUGGCUAUCCCGGCUCCUUAGACUAUGAGGAAAUUGACGCGACUACAUUUGCCAGCUGGGGUGUUGAUUAUCUUAAAUACGACAAUUGCUACAACCAGGGGCGUAGUGGAACUCCUUCGGAAAGCUUUAAGCGGUACGAGGUUAUGUCAAAGGCUUUGAAUUCGACUGGUCGUCCUAUCUUUUAUUCACUUUGUCAAUGGGGUGAAGAUGGACCCUGGAAUUGGGCAAGUACUAUCGCAAACUCUUGGAGAAUAAGCGGUGAUAUAUAUGACAACUUUAAUCGAUACGACGACAGAUGUCCCUGUGAGAGUUUUCAGUGUAUUGGUUUACAGGGCUUUGAUUGCUCCGUCAUGAACAUCAUUCGCAAAGCGCUUCCUCUUAGCCAAAAGGCCAGAGAUAGAGACGGCUGGAAUGACUUGGACUCGUUAGAAGUUGGAAAUGGUGGAAUGACUUAUGAUGAGUAUGUAACUCAUUUUACCGUGUGGGCUAUCCUUAAAUCUCCGCUCAUGCUGGGCAAUGACGUUAGUGCUAUGUCCGAUCAGGACUUGUCUAUUGUCAGCAACCGCGAUUUAAUUACCAUCAACCAAGACCGUGGUACCCAGCCUGCCUAUAGUAAAUGGACGAAAAACUACGGUGAUUCUAUUAUCAUCUUGCUGUCUGGUGAACUAUCUAAUGGCGAUUGGGUUGUUGCUCUUGUUAAUGGCGCUAGCCAACAAUUGACUUACAAUAUCUCCAUGACCGACGUAUUUAUUGAUAACAGAAUUUAUGCAGAAAAGCGUUGGGUCGCUAGGGAUUUAUGGACCAAUGAGACGAGUUCAGUCAACAAUUUUAUCAUAUCUAACGUUAAACCUCAUGGAACUCAAGUUUGGAGGUUUUCUAAAAGUUCUUAGGGCAAAAAUUGAGACAUCUUGACGAUAAAUUUUUUCGUUUCUGGCCUAUACUUGUUACUCAUGUGUGCCUCAUUUAUAAAGUGUACUGACAUUAACGACUCAUGCUUUCUACGAUUUAUGAUGAUGACCUGAAAUUUUGCUUAAUGAAAGGGUACAGUUUCUUAUUUCCUUUUUGUUGCAGCAUUCCUAAAAAAUGAUACUCUAUGCAAAUUCGAAAAUUUACAUAUUACUGUUAACAAAUUGAUGCAUGUAAUCCCGACAUUCACUAAACUGCAAUUACUGGCGUCAAACUAGUUUAUUCCCCUCUAAUUUAACGACAGCUUUUUAAAUUAUACUCGGGAGUAUAAAAGCUUGAAAAAGACGGGCAUCGGCUACGUUGGUGAACGAAAGUGGGUAGGUAGAUUGUUGACGAAGUUCGCACGUAUCUUUUUAACAUUAUCGGGCAUUGCUUGCUUUGGUUAGAGUAGUGGGAGAAACUAUAUAAAGUGGGAAGUAUACAGUCAGCGGACAUAUUAAAUAACACAUUGGAGAUGGAAUUCAUAAACUUUCCUUAAAUAACCAUACUAUCAUUAUUACCAUAUUACACAAUAACUUCUUAUUAACGAUAAGGAAAUUAGGAUGACUUUUGACUUUGCGAACUGCGGACACGUAAUCUAUUAUUUAAAGAGCUAAAAGAGCUAAAAUAACAAACCAAAUAAUAAGUCGGCACAUGGGACGUCUGCGGCUCUUGAAUGGAAAAUAGGUUAAAGUUGGCGGAAAGUGAUUUAACAAAUCUUUGCAGAUUAUUCAGUUGUUGUUCAUUAUUGCUAGAAAUUUUAUGGCUAACGUGGUUGGUAAUUACGAUAUGAAUGUUAGUAACUUUUUCAGGACAUGAAUCAAGAGAAUAGUGAAUAAAACUUAUCAUGUUUCCCUGUACAUGCUGGUUGAGUUGUUUCAUAACGUGUUAUGUAAUUUCUGUGUUUAAUUUUUUGGGGUACGAGACAAAAACUUAUUGGAAGAUAUGGAGCAUCUCGUUAUUUGUUAUGUUAACGAAUUUGCAAAUCCACUUUCGAUAGUCCGUUAUUCUUUCUAUUAUAUCAGUAUGAGAGUGCCAACGGAAUGAGUCUACGCUAAGUAAAGUAUAUCCGCUUGUUUGGCAACCGGGUUUCACAAAAUAGAUAAUUAGUACAACUAUUAUAUUGACUAAAGGGCUGAGUCAUGUUCAGAUCAUGGCAUAGUUUAAUAAACAACUAUUUACGCCAUAAUGUGUAUUUGUUACCACAGUGCUGAUACUUAUCUUUCAUAUAUUUAAGUCGCCUUUAUAUACCUUCAAAGCUGACGAAUAAGUCGUGACUUCGAUGUAUAAUAUUUUAGCAGCUAAUAUUGUGAUUCAGUUGAUUACACUUAGUAGAUGUCGUUUUAGGUAAACUUCAACAAUUGAGCAAGAGCUUGACAACAAUUUUCAUUCUAGAAAGUUAUAAUGAAAAGAACUGUGAACCUUGAAAGAAAUAUUUGAAAAGCCUUAGUUUUAUUUUCGGAAUUUGGAUGUAUCUGAUUAUUUGUUUCUAGAAGGAGUUUUUAUGACAUUGUAACCCAUGUCGUGCAUGAAGCUAUC